AUGGCAGAAGCGCGAGAGAUUCCUCCAGGAACAUACAACCUCAAGCUUGGAGAAACCUUUCAAAGCAAUGUCGAAAAGUCUGCUUAUCAUACCUUAAGAUUUGACUUUAAGCCGAAAUCUGUUGCAAGUGAGUCUGAAACGUACUUGGCGUUUGGUGGUAAUAGUGAUGUCCAGGUCGCUGUUCCUGGUGAAGGUGAUUCGCUAACAAUUUAUAAGGGGUCGCAGAAAGCCGUGAAGCAGGACAAAGAAUGCUUGUUGUUUUUUGACUCUGAUACUGGCGAGCUUCGCCUUGAAAAGCUGACUUCAAAUAUAUCUGUGAAAAAGACCAGAGACGCUGAUGAAACGAGCGUCAGUUUUCUUCGUAUGGAAAUUCAGAAACUUCGCGGAGGUACAAAUAUGGACGACGAAGAGAUGGAUGAUGAAAGGGUCUGUUUCGAGAAUAGGAGCACGAGCAGUUCGUCCUCAUCUUCUUCAAGCGAUUCUGGUGAUCUGGAUUCUGAUUCUGAUUCGAGCAGUGGAGAAACACCGGCUGCACCAGCAAAUGAGAAUAAGUCUACAACAAAUCAUUUUGAUGGGCUGGAAACGAGUAGUGAUGAGGAAGAUGCCAAUAACAGUGGCAGUGGUGAAGAUGACGAUGAGCUGCAAGACGCUCUGGAACAGCAGUUGAAUUGCGCUUCUGCUCCUCUUAUUGGUAGUGGAGAAACUGGUCAUGUUGAACCCCCAAAAUUGCCUGCCUAUUCAUCAACACAGAAUUUCCAUAGUAACACAAAAAAGGUUCUGGAUGAUUUACAACUAAGCGAAAGUUCAGAUGAGGACUGA